GCGGAAGCGGCGGCCAUGCUACGCGGCCCGGCCCUGCCGCUGCUGCCGCUGCUGCGGGCGGUCCCGGGCAGCCCUGGGCACGGCCGGCACUGCCACCGGCUGCAGGAGCGGCAGCAGGGCUCGGGCACAGGCACGGGCACAGGCACCGGCUCAGCGCGGCCGCAGCCACCGGAACCAUCGCUGCUGCGCUUCCUGGUGUGCCCGCUCUCCAAGCGGCCGCUGAGGUACGAAGAAGCUACGAACGAGCUGAUUAACGAAGAGCUGGGCAUCGCGUACCCCAUCAUCGACGGCAUCCCGAACAUGGUUCCGGAGGCUGCCAGGAUGAUGCACAAGAAGCCGCCGGCCGAGGGCUCGGAGCAGCCCUGA